CGCUCGGUGCUUCCUUUGGACAGAGCCGUGUUCGCUGCAGCUGAGGAGUCGCGGCCCCGGGUUACCUGAAGCCUCCGGUCCCAUCAGGAGGAGCAACCGCGGCGGAUCCCCGUACCGGACUCUGCGGCCCUGAGAGAAGCUGAGCGCAGCGGCGGCCAGGCGGGCGCAGGAGGCCGGGUCCGGGCGGACCGGUCAAUGGACCAGCCGGGCCUGGGGCAGAGCCCGUGGAAACAGCUGCCCAGCCCCCGGCGGGCCUCCCAAAAUGUCGGCGUGAGGGGGAGGAGGAGACCCCGCCGCUGCCGGGCCCGGGCUGCCGAGCCGAGCGCCGCGGAGCGGAUGGUGCUGCCGUUGCUGCGGGGACGCUGAAGCGUCGUCGUCUGGGGCCUCUGUGCGUCCCCGUCCCCCUGUUUGGGCCGGUGUUCCCCGGCUCCGCCCGGCGGCACCAUGUCGGCCAAGGUGCGGCUGAAGAAGCUGGAGCAGCUGCUGCUGGACGGGCCGCGGCGCAACGAGAGCGCGCUGAGCGUGGAGACCCUGCUGGACCUGCUGGUCGGGCUCUACACCGAGUGCAGCCGCGACUCGCCGCUCCGCAGGGACCGAUAUGUCUCCGACUUCCUCGAGUGGGCAAAACCAUUUACACAAUUGGUGAAGGAAAUGCAGCUUCAUCGAGAUGACUUUGAAAUUAUAAAAGUAAUUGGAAGAGGUGCAUUUGGGGAGGUUGCGGUUGUUAAACUGAAGUGCACAGAGCGCAUUUAUGCAAUGAAAAUUCUAAAUAAAUGGGAAAUGCUUAAAAGGGCAGAGACAGCUUGUUUCCGAGAAGAGAGAAAUGUUUUGGUGAAUGGAGAUUGUCAGUGGAUUACUACGUUGCACUAUGCCUUUCAGGAUGAGAACUAUUUGUAUUUAGUAAUGGACUACUAUGUGGGUGGUGAUUUGCUGACGCUUCUUAGUAAGUUUGAAGACAAGCUUCCUGAAGACAUGGCCAAAUUCUACAUUGGUGAAAUGGUGCUUGCUAUACAUUCCAUUCAUCAGCUGCAUUAUGUGCACAGGGAUAUAAAGCCAGAUAACGUUCUUUUGGACAUGAAUGGCCAUAUACGCCUGGCAGACUUUGGAUCAUGCUUGAAAAUGAGUGAAGAUGGCACUGUACAAUCUUCUGUGGCAGUGGGUACGCCUGACUACAUCUCGCCUGAGAUAUUGCAAGCAAUGGAGGAUGGGAUGGGAAAAUAUGGACCUGAAUGUGACUGGUGGUCUUUGGGUGUCUGUAUGUACGAAAUGCUGUAUGGUGAAACACCCUUUUACGCAGAAUCAUUAGUGGAAACCUAUGGGAAGAUUAUGAAUCAUGAAGAACGCUUUCAGUUUCCAUCCCAUGUGACAGAUGUAUCUGAAGAAGCAAAAGACCUUAUUCAGCGACUUAUCUGUAGUAGGGAACGUCGACUGGGACAGAAUGGAAUAGAGGAUUUCAAAUCACAUCCAUUUUUUGAAGGACUUAAUUGGGAUAACAUUCGUAACCUAGAAGCACCUUAUAUUCCAGAUGUUAGCAGUCCUUCUGACACAUCAAACUUUGAUGUAGAUGAUGAUGUAUUGAGGAAUCCUGAAAUCGUGCCACCAAGUUCUCAUACUGGCUUUUCUGGAUUACAUUUACCUUUUGUUGGGUUUACAUAUACAACUGACAGUUUAUUUUCUGAUAGAGGCUCUUUAAGAAGUUUAAUGCAGUCUGGUGCAGUAAGAGAUAUGGAUGUGCAACAUGACUUAGAGAACAGCUUGCAAAUAGAGGCUUAUGAAAGGAGAAUACAAAAACUGGAGGAAGAAAAACGAGAUUUGAAUGGAAAACUGCAAGAAUCUACACAGAUUGUGCUGUCCCUGCAAGGUUCAGCUUGUGUUAAGGGAAACACAAACCGUGAUAAAGAAAUCAAGAAGUUAAAUGAAGAAAUUGAGCGUUUAAAGAACAAAAUAGCAGAUUCAAAUAGGUUAGAACGACAGCUUGCAGAUGCGGUUUCACUUCGCCAAGAACAUGAAGAUUCCACACACAGGCUGAAAGGACUUGAAAAGCAAUACAGGACACUAAGGCAGGAGAAGGAGGACCUUCAUAAGCAACUUGUGGAAGCUUCAGAAAGAUUAAAGGCACAAUCCAAAGAACUGAAAGAUGCCCAUCAGCAAAGAAAGCUAGCCAUGCAGGAGUUCUCAGAGCUCAAUGAGAGAAUGGUAGACUUGCGCUCUCAGAAACAGAAGUUCUCCCGACAGCUUCGUGACAAAGAAGAAGAGAUGGAAGUGAUCAUGCAGAAAAUUGAUUCUAUGAGACAGGAAAUUCGUAAAUCUGAGAGAGCCAGAAAGGAGAUGGAAGCUCAACUGGAGGAUGCCACAGCAGAAGCAUCAAAGGAACGCAAGCUUCGUGAACACAGUGAGAUUUUCUCCAAGCAGCUGGAAAGUGAACUUGAAGCACUAAAGCUAAAGCAAGGAGGGCGUGCAGCAGGUGCCACAUUAGAACAUCAACAAGAGCUUUCCAAAAUGAAAUCUGAGCUGGAAAAGAAAAUCUUGUUCUAUGAAGAGGAGUUAGUCAGGCGAGAGGCAUCCCAUGUCUUGGAAGUAAAAAAUAUUAAAAAAGAGGUGCAUGAUUCAGAAAGCCAUCAGCUAGCACUGCAGAAAGAAAUUAUGAUGCUAAAAGAUAAAUUGGAGAAAGCAAAACGAGAGAGACACAAUGAGAUGGAGGAGGCUGUAGGAACAAUAAAAGAAAAAUAUGAGCGAGAGAGAGCCAUGUUCUUUGAAGAUAACAAAAAGUUAACAACGGAAAAUGAAAGGCUUUGUUCCUUUGUGGAUAAACUAACAGCACAAAACAGGCAGCUAGAAGAUGAGCUCCAAGAUCUGGCAGCAAAAAAGGAAUCAGUUGCUCAUUGGGAAGCUCAGAUUGCAGAAAUCAUUCAGUGGGUAAGUGAUGAGAAGGACGCACGUGGAUAUCUUCAAGCUUUAGCUUCCAAGAUGACAGAAGAACUAGAGUCAUUGAGAAUCUCUAGUCUGGGCUCAAGGACAUUGGAUCCACUUUGGAAACUGCGACGCAGUCAGAAGUUGGAUAUGUCCGCAAGGCUUGAACUGCAGUCUGCACUGGAUGCAGAAAUACGUGCCAAACAGCUAAUACAAGAAGAGUUACGAAAGGUUAAAGAUGCAAAUGUAUCCUUUGAGAGUAAACUGAAGGAGACUGAAGCAAAAAAUCAGGAACUGCUGCGAGAAAUAGAGGGGUUGACGAAAAAGCUGGAAGAAAAAUACAGAACAGAUACAGGUCUCAAACUUCCAGACUUUCAAGAUUCAAUCUUUGAAUAUUUCAACACAUCACCUCUUGCUCGUGAUCUGACUUUUAGAACAAGUUCUGUUAGUGAGCAGGAAACGCAAGGUCCCAAACCAGAAGUCUCACCAUCCACUUCCGUUAUGACUACAGAACAGCUGCAAGAAGAACCAAUACGGCUUCAGAGGAUGCCUGCUGUUUCCUCCCCUACCAUUGCUCUAGCUGUACCAAAGCCUAAAGCUCACCAAUUCAAUAUCAAGUCCUUUUCAAGCCCUACUCAGUGCAGUCACUGCACAUCUCUCAUGGUGGGAUUAGUUCGACAAGGCUAUGCCUGUGAUGUGUGUUCAUUCGCAUGCCAUGUUUCCUGCAAGGAUAGUGCACCUCAGGUCUGUCCUAUUCCCCCUGAGCAAGCCAAGCGGCCUCUCGGAGUAGAUGUACAAAGGGGGAUAGGAAUGGCAUACAAAGGUUAUGUUAAGGUUCCAAAGCCUACAGGAGUUAAGAAAGGGUGGCAGAGGGCCUAUGCAGUUGUCUGUGACUGCAAACUAUUUCUGUAUGAUGUGCCUGAAGGAAAAUCCACCCAGCCUGGAGUUGUUGCAAGUCAGGUCUUGGAUCUCAGAGAUGAAGAUUUUUCUGUGAGCUCUGUCCUAGCAUCAGAUGUAAUACAUGCAACCCGUAAAGACAUCCCUUGUAUAUUCAGGGUGACAGCUUCUCUCCUAGGCUUCCCUUCAAAGACCUGUUCACUACUAAUCCUGACAGAAAAUGAGAAUGAAAAGAGAAAAUGGGUUGGAAUCCUGGAAGGGUUGCAAUCUAUCCUUCACAAAAACAGACUAAAAAACCAAGUUGUACAUAUUCCACAAGAAGCCUAUGACAGUACACUGCCUCUUAUUAAAACAAGUUUAGCUGCUGCAAUUGUAGAUCGAGAGAGAAUAGCAGUUGGUUCAGAAGAAGGACUGUAUGUGGUAGAGGUGACCCGUGAUGUGAUAGUACGAGUUGCUGACUAUAAGAAAGUGUACCAGAUUGAGCUUGCUCCCAAAGAGAAAAUUAUUAUCCUCAUCUGUGGCAGGAACCAUCAUGUUCACCUGUACCCCAUGGCCUCCCUGGAUGGAUCAGAAAGCAACUUUGAUGUGAAACUUCCAGAAACUAAAGGCUGCCAGUUGAUUAUAACAGGAACACUGAAGAAAAGCUCUUUGACUUGUUUGUUUGUGGCAGUCAAAAGACAGGUUCUUUGUUAUGAAGUUCAUAGAACUAAGCCUUUUCAUAAAAAAUUCACUGAAAUUCAGGCUCCAGGAAAUGUACAGUGGAUGGCAGUUUUCAAGGACAAGCUCUGUGUUGGCUACCAAUCUGGGUUCUCUCUGUUGAACAUCCAGGGAGAUGGACAAUCUAUAAACCUGGUAAAUCCUAAUGACCCCUCGCUUAUGUUCCUCUCACAGCAGUCUUUUGAUGCCCUUUGUGCUGUGGAGCUCAGUAAUGAGGAAUACCUGCUUUGCUUCAGCCAUAUGGGAGUAUACGUCGAUUCACAAGGUCGAAGGUCACGCAUGCAGGAACUAAUGUGGCCUGCAACUCCUGUUGCCUGUAGUUGCAAUUCUUCCUAUGUUACAGUGUACAGUGAAUAUGGCGUUGAUGUUUUUGAUGUUAACACUAUGGAAUGGGUUCAGACAAUUGGCCUACGAAGGAUCAGACCAUUAAAUAUGGAGGGCACACUGAAUCUCCUUAAUUGUGAACCUCCACGACUUAUAUAUUUCAAGAACAAAUGUUCAGGAGCCGUUCUCAGUGUGCCAGAAACAUCUGAUAACAGCAAAAAGCAAAUGCUUCGAACCAGAAGUAAAAGAAGAUUUGUCUUCAAGGUUCCUGAAGAAGAGAGAUUGCAACAAAGGCGAGAGAUGCUGAGAGACCCUGAACUACGAUCAAAAAUGAUUUCUAACCCAACAAAUUUCAACCAUGUGGCUCAUAUGGGACCAGGAGAUGGAAUGCAAGUUCUCAUGGAUCUCCCACUGAGUGUCUUGCCUUCCACCCAAGAUGAAAAAGCAUGUCCCCCCACAGCUUCACGGCAGCAGCAGAGAAGCAAAACCUACAUUUCAUGGCCCUCAUCAGGUGGUGGUGAUUUGGGAGUAGCCAUGCCUCUGAGAAGUAUGUCUGACACUGACCAGGAGUUAGACAAGGAGCCUGAUUCAGAUUCAACCAAACACUCUACUCCCUCUAACAGCUCAAAUCCAAGUGGUCCCCCAAGUCCCAAUUCUCCACAUAGGAAUCAGCUUACACUAGAUGGACUGGAUCAGUCAACCUGUGACGCGUAACACUACAGUUCCCACCAUUCCAGCUUUGAUCAUUCACUACUCCAUGGAGUAUUCGAGAGCAAGGCAAUGCUGUCUCAGAUGCUCGUGCCAAGACUGCUAAAUCUCUAGUGUUGCACAAAAAUAAUUAUAUAUCCAGACUGUAGAUACAAAAUAUUGAAAUGGAAAAAAAAAUCCUUUACUACAAUAGUGAUCAAGCUUUUUAUGCAAAAAUGAUUACUGUUAAGUUACAGUUGAUUCAUUUGUUUUAUUUCUGCACAUCUAUGACAGUUUCAUUGUAUAGAAGGAUAAAAGGCCACCAAUAAAAGUCUUAUUCUUAUGCUGAAAAAGAAAUAGAGAAGUGGUACUGAUAGUGACAACUAAACCGUAUCAGAAAUAUUUUUCUACAGAAUGAUGUAAUGUCUCGUUAGCAGGAAAUCCUUUUAGACAGAAUUUGGACCUCUGAAUAGGAAAUACAAGCAGGUUGAGUUACAUCCUCAGAUAAAUAUUCUUUUCUUUUUUUCCUGUAGCUGUUUCCUAAGUCUUUAGGAGAAUGAUAGGAAGCUAUAGGUUGUUCCCAGCAUCAACAGAAUAAUCAGGAAGUCAAAUGAAAGUUGGUGAUAGUUUUGUGGCCUUUUAACUCAUUUAGCCAUUACAGUUCAGCUGCAUAACUAUCUUUCUACCAACUUUUUAUUCUUGUAUGUAGGACUAUUACCAGUAAGGUUUUACUUUUACCCUGCUUUUUAGUCCUUAUCAUUCAUGAUCAUUAGUCAGGGCUUUUAAGACAUCAGUAAAUAAUGCUGUGAAAAUGAAUUUUACUCUUUGUUCCUGCUAUCCUCUCUGAGAUGUAGUUUCUCUUGGUUUUUCAGUGUAAAAAUACACUACAUUUUUUAGUUAACAAGCAUUCUUGCAGGAACACUACCCUUGAAGACUGCUUGAACUAAUGGACUGUAUCCUAUUAAAACAUCAGUGUAUUUUAUUGGUAACCAAAGUGGAAUGUGAAGGAUGUGUAAGCAAGGGUGCUGCUUUUUCAUUACUUGUAUCCUCACAUGCAUGGACACCCCAUGAUUCUUAAUCAAGUAUUGGUCAUGGAGAAUGAUGCACAACACACUCCUGUAUAUUUUGCUAUGGCCCACGUGCAGCGGUGAUGUUUUACGUGUAUAUUUAAUCUCAUGCUUCCAUGUAUUACAUUUAGUAAUCAAAGAUUUGUGACCAUGUUUCAUGAAAAGCUUGUACUUAAUUUAGUGGCUGGCAUAUCCAGUUUGUCAUUGUCACACUAGUGUGCCUUCUGUGCCAAUUUUAUGACAGUUGGAUGUCACUUAUUUAAAAUUUGGUUUCAAUGGGCUAAUGAUGAUAUACCAAUGGCUAAUGUUCUUUUCUGAAACACUGUAUAGGACGUGCACUUAUCUUUAGUUUAAAUUGAGUGUUCUAGUCAACAUUUAAUCCAGUUACAUUAAGUGUUUGACAGUACUUGCUCUUUUUCUCAGAUUAUUGAUAAAGGGGGCUCUGUUAGAGCUGGACACUACUGCUUUUGGGGUUUUCUGGUUUUUACUUUUUUAAUGUAAGUCUAAGUCUUUGUAAUUAUUGAAUUGUGAGAACAUUUUUGAACAAUUUACCUGUCAAUAAAGCAGAAGAGGGAGGUUUUAAAGUU